CAUUUGCUCCGUAGAGAAACCUGUGGGAAGUCUGCAUGUCCUGGAUGAGGGAGUCUCCAGGUUUACAAAGUAAACCCGGGGGUUUACUUUGUAGAUGGACGAAGAUGUCUAGGUUCCUAGGGAAUGUUUAGUUAGAUGUUAAGUAACAAAAAUGCAACCAAUUUUAUUUUCAGAAUCCAACCCAUUAAACAGUUUGUGUAUGGGGCCGCUAGAUGUAUUCCAUUUAGCAAGUAGAAGUGAGGUCCAUAAAGCAGAGCAAAAAUAAAUGGUUUUUAUAGGUAGAAAAAGGGCAAGGGAAGCGGGAAUUAUUUGAGGCCUAAGAAACCCACCUAUGGAGACUGGAAACUCGAUCUUGUAGAUUAUUUCAUCUUCCUUUGAGGAAUGAAAAGAUUACUUCACUAGUGCUGAUCAGAAAAUUUCCACAUUGACUAGUUAAGACUACAUUUGUGGGUAAAGGAUUUUCACAACUUGCAGCUUCCAAAGAAAGUAACACAUGUCUACACAUCGCUGGAGUUUUUAAGUCAUUCAUGAGCCCAAAUGGUUCUCAGCACAUUUUCAUUCUUGGACAAGGACUGAGGAAGUGAAGUCAUGAUUACUGGGAAGGUGAUCAAAUAACAUAGGUAACUGCAGUCACCCAUCUGCUGCUGGCCAUCUUCAGAAAAGACUUAGGUGUAGCUCUCUUUUCAGGUUCUGGAAAUGCUAGAAAAAUCGCCAUGUCUUCUUCCAGACUGGGGCUCCGUUUGGCUGCCUGUUUACUAAACAUUUCAGAAGCCAGAAGAAAACACAUUGUUGAGAACAUAGCAAAAGCAGCUCUUGGGAAAAAUGGACAGAAACAUCCUGAAGUAUCAGUGCUCAACAUAUUUUCUGAUCAAGACUACAACAGAUCAGUCAUCACAAUAGCAGGCUCUAUUAAUGAGUUAGGCAAUUGUGUUCUGGCUGCCUGCGUGGAGGCCUUCCAGUCUGUUGAUAUGGGGGUUCAAGAGGGGAUCCACCCUUGCCUGGGAGCAGUGGACCUGGUUCCCAUCUACCCUCUCUGUGGUGUCGGAGUGGAAGAGUGUGGUGCUGUGGCCAGACGCCUUGCUGAGAAUCUGGUCCUACGUGUUCCCGGCAGCAGUGUGUUUCUUUUCGGUGAAGCUGACCUUCCUAGGAAGCGCAGCCUUGUCCAGAGAAGAAAGCAACUGGGUUGGUUCACAAGGAGGGAUUUCAGUGCACUUGAGCCUGACCUGGGAGCUACACCGGACCGAAGAUGUGGUUUAACAGGCAUUGGUGCCAGCCCAUACGUGAUGAACUGCAACGUUACCAUAGAUUCUCAAGACUUGGCUUUGGGAAAGGAGAUCGCUAGUGCCAUUCGGGGCUCAAAUGUGAAUGGAUUGAAGGGCGUCCAAGUGAUGGCUUUUCCCCAUGAAGGGAAAAUUGAGAUAGCUUGCAAUGUAGAGAGUUUUGAAGACCAAGACGUUACGGAAACCUCGGAAGACUCUCAAUAUAUCACUUAUGGUGUUCUUGGUGAUCAUUUUUCCUACAUAUCUCCUCAUUACAUAGAAGCUCAAGUUAAAAAGUUGGCGAGCGAUAGAGGAAUUGGUACUAUAGGGAGGGCAUUAAUUGGUUUUACACCCCAAGAAUGCAAGAACUGUGCUGAAUAUGCUAUACAGGAAAGUAUUGGGGAAUUCUGGAAGAUACGGGGAGGUGUGUUCAUGUGAUCCAAUAUAAGGCUUCAUUAAAGUUUUAAGGAAAAUUAUCAAUCAUUACAAAGUCUUCUUUGGACCAAUGAAGAUGAGGGGAAGAUACAGAGAACUUGAUGGUGUCUCUGUGUUGGAAAAUUAGAAACAUUCUCUGUUCAACAAUAAUAAGUAUUUAUAGAUUGUUCAUAAUCACCCUUAAUAUUUCUAGUCAUCAUUAAAACUUCACAGGGACUCACUUUGUGUUAACUUUCUGUACUUGUGUACUCCCAUGCCCUCCUGAAUCAACAGGGUUUAAUGGCCAUUGUUGCUGAGCCACCUUUAAUUAUCGUGGAAAAACAAAAUUGGCCUUGAUUUGUUUUCCUACGCUCUUUAUUCUCAAGUUUUGUAUUCAACUCAUACUUUUUUGAGUAAUUAGUUUUUUAAAUGUGUGCUUUAAGGGCCUCCCCGGUGUCGCAGUGGGUUGAGCGUUGCACUGUGAAGCUGUCCACAGCCUGGUUCAAUUCCCGGCGGGCCAGGGAGCUGCCCACAUGUCGCAGCAGGCCUCUCCUCGCCCGCUGUUCCCUUCAGCAGUGUCUUCAGUCUGCCUGUUCUGCUCCCCACUCUGUCUCUGGUGAAUUCUCUCACCCUCCCGUGCCUCUGGCCUGUACCCCAAUUCUUGUAUGGAUAAAUGAAUCUUUAAAAAAAAGUGUGUGCUUUAAAUCAUCAAGCACUAUGUAGCUAAAAAGCAGGUAAAAUUAUAAAAUAGCAUUCCUCUUUUGAGGCAUGGUUGUUUAGGAUGACCAAUUAUUGUUCAUUCUGGAAAUAACUCCAAAAGCCAGAUUUAUCUAGUUCUUUAAUGCAUGUGAAGGGAGAUGGAAUGAUGACAUUGGACAUGGCUUCAAUUGUGUUCAUCCUUUUUGGAAUUUAAAUGGGAAGUCUGAAGGUUUAGGGGAUAUGUUGUUUUUGAGCAGGGAGAAACCUAUCAGUGGAGGGUUGAGGGUGCCUUGUUGAUGGGUGUGGUGUGGGACAUACAUCUGAGGAGUUGUGAUCUUCCUAUACCUCUGAAUCACAUAUUUCAAACCAGUGCUAUCUCAAUAAAGUAAAAUAAAGAAUUUUAUUUAAAGGAAAUAAAAAAUAUAUAGCCUCAUUGUGAACUAAAAGGAGUCACUUGAUGAUUCUGUAAGUCCUUCAUGUAUAAAGUUAAGUCCUUACUUAACUUCAUGUAAGUCCUUAGUAUUCAUAUUGCUUUAAUACAAAAUGCUCUCUUUCCAUAAAACACACAAAACUCAAUUUUUCCAUAGGUUUUGUUUAGCAGGAAGGAUUAUGUUCUUUUCUAAUAAGAACACAU